ACCGUUCACGCUCGCAUGUGAUCAUAUCAAUGUGUGCAGUACACACCCACACAUUGGAAAUUUCGACUGUCAUGUAUAACAGCAAAAUAAUGAGCCACUCACUCGAUUAUUUGAAUUUGUUUCCGGGUUUUCAAACAAGCCCCGCCCCCUGCUCAAUAAGGGACCGAGAAGCAGGGGUAUAAGGUACCCUUCCCCCUUACCCUCGUGCACUGUUGCCGCCGACUCUCGUCAACGUUCAACCCUCCGUCUCUCCACACUAUCAAUAUGUCCACCAAAAGAGUGUUCAAAGUUGGAUCAAGAGAGAGCAAACUUGCCCUUAUUCAAUCCAACUACUUGGUAUCGAAACUUCAGGAGAUACGCCCGGAUGUACAAUUUGAAACAGUUACCAUGACAACUCCCGGAGAUAGGGAUUUGAGUCAGUCCAUAACUAAGAUUGGAGAAUCUGCACUUUGGACACUAGAGCUAGAGAACUCCCUGAAGAGCGGCAGUGUAGAUCUGAUUGUCCACUCUCUGAAGGACGUGUCCACCUCUCUGCCAGAUGACCUCGUGCUUGGCAGUAUUCUUGAGAGAGCAAAUCCGUGUGAUGCAAUAGUGAUGAGCCCCAAAAAUCAUGGCCAUACCCUUGCAACUUUGCCAAAUGGAAGUAUUAUUGGAACAAGCUCCCUGAGACGUGCGGCCCAGAUCAGGAGGAGUUACCCACACUUACAGAUAUACGACAUUCGCGGCAACAUAGACGGUCGUAUUAAGAAGUUGGACGAGAGCGGUCAGUAUGAUGGACUAUGUCUGGCAGCCGCGGCACUUGAAAGGAUGGGCGUGGAGUACGAGAAGCGAACAUCACAGAUCUUGACCCCUGAGGAUUGCCUGUACGCUGUAAGUCAGGCCGCACUAGCCGUAGAGUGUCGAUCAAACGAUGAAGAAGUGUUAAAUUUACUUGGCAACCUUCAUCAUAAAGACACGGCGAUUCGGGUAGUGGCAGAGAGGGCAUACCAAAAGAGAUUGAAAGCCGGCUGCAGCGAACCAGUGGGUGCCCAUUCCAUUCUGAAGAACGGUGUUCUCACACUGAAAGGGGCGGUGUUUACUGCCGACGGCAAGGAGGCCAUCUUUGAUGAGGAGACCAUAACGCUCCCGAAUGGAUUGAAGGGCGCCACUGAGGAGCUGAGGUCAGGCUUGAAGCAGUACUCAUGUAUUGUUCCCGGGAGAGGCAACGAGCCGCGCGCGUUUCAGGCUGCCGAGACGUUAGGCACAGAUUUAGCUGAUAGGAUGAUUAAGAACGGUGCUGAAGAUAUUCUAAUUACAGUACGGAAACAGAUCGCGGCCCAAGGCGCAGGCGGGAUAUAGUUACUCAUGUUACUUGUGCAGGUUGAAACACGUAAUUCACCAAAUAAUAGUUCAUUCGGGCUAACAAAUGUAGAGAGUAGAGAUAUUUACCAAAACAAAACAAACCUUGUGUAAAGUAUUACUAAUAUUUCUUUGGUGUCCACUGUCUUUUCAGCAACCGUAUGUGCUUGUACCGAUGUUGACGGUCUUAUGUAAAUGUGAAGUUUUGCGUUAUGGUUUGUAGCUAUGAUAGUACAUUGUGUUACGCACCCUUUUCUUGGGGAAAUAUGGAAUCAGCGCUCAAGAGGUUUGAAAUCCACUCGUCCCGUUUGGGCGCUAACGAAAACAUACUGUGGGUCCUAUAAUAGUACAGACAGAAUGAGUCACAUCGCAUAUCGUAACAGCCCCUGGUCUUAACAACGGUACGAUGUUUGUUAUGAUAACUGUCUGUCUGUACGAGUAUGUCUGGCUGUCUUUAGCCGUGGGAAGUAUGACAGUGUCCUAUGGACCACAUUCUGUGGGAAUGUUGGUUGCCGAACUCCAUCCCAGUCACAUGGCUCUGGUCUGUAAAUAAUCGAGUCUGACCCUGACAGUUUAAAA